CCGCCCCGGGAGAAGGGCCCUCCCCGCGCUGCGCGCUCCCGCUUCCUCCACCGCCUCCCGUAGCCGCCGGCCAGGGUCAGGGGCGGGGGCCGGGCGGGCGUGCAGGGGGUGCUCGCGGCGCCCCGGGUCCGCCAUGGUGGAGGCCUGGUACAUGGACGAGUCCGCCGACGACCCGAGGCGGCCCCACCGCGCCGAGCCCAGCCGCCCGGUCGGCCUGGAGCAGCUGCGCCAGCUCGGGGUUCUUUACUGGAAGUUGGAUGCUGACAAAUAUGAGAAUGAUCCAGAAUUAGAAAAGAUCCGAAAAGAGAGAAACUAUUCCUGGAUGGACAUAAUAACCAUAUGCAAGGAUAAACUACCAAAUUAUGAAGAAAAGACGAAGAUGUUCUAUGAGGAGCACCUGCACCUGGACGAUGAGAUCCGCUACGUCCUGGACGGCGGCGGGUACUUCGACGUGCGCGACAAGGACGACAAGUGGAUCCGCAUUUCCAUGCAGAAAGGGGACCUGAUAACUCUUCCCGCGGGCAUCUAUCACCGCUUCACGCUGGACGAGAGGGACUACGUGAAGGCCAUGCGGCUGUUUGUGGGCGACCCCGUGUGGACGGCGUACAACCGGCCCGCCGACCAUGUGGAGGCUCGCGGGCGGUACGUGGCGUCCUUGGCGCAGACAGCCUAGCGGCGCUCGGGCUCCGGGCUCGAGCCUCGCCCUCGGGAGCGUCCUGGAUCCCAGCGGAGCGCGUCCUGGCUCCUCCUGCACGUGGCGGGCGUGGGGCUGCCUGAGCUUCCUUGGCACGGGGCGUUGGCCGUGUGUGUAAUGGAAGAGCUUUAUUACAAGAGUGGUUUUCGCGUGGGAGCCGCUCUGGGACCGGGGGCAGUUGGAGAUCAGCCCGAACGAGGGUCCUCGCCCCGAGUGUGUGAGUGCGGGGCUGCGCCGUCCCGACCCCGCCCUUCGGCUGCAAGCAGACGCGUGCCCGCGCGGGGCGUGCCCCGGGACAGGUGUCAGGGAGACACGGCGACCGGCCGGACGAAGACUCUGUUCUCCCGGAGCUGGGUGGGGAGUGCCGUCGGAGGCGAAGUCUCUCCUGGUAGUGGGUGGGGGGGGGGUGCUCGGAGCUGCUC